AUGUUGAGUGUAUCAGAUCAUGAACGCACAACAACUGCGCCGGUGUCUCAAUUUCCAGAUCCUAUCCCUAGCCAUCCAGGGCCGCCAGGAAUCCCUGUCUCUGCAUCACCAUACCAUCAACCCCAGGACUAUUCGUACUUCACCACCACAGCUGCGCAUCCCCAGACCAUAGCGACGACAUCCGACAAUAUAGCCGAAGGAUGCACCCUUGACGAGAUCUUAGGCCAUACAGCACAUUUCAUGGGCCUGUCAGGAGAACAAGACAUGAAUCUCCUAUCCUCAUUCCGCUCCGAUAUUCUAAACGAAACCAACUAUGUUGAUGUCAACUUCUGCCGAGUUGAGCCUGGGAACUCUUCCCAAGGUUUGCCGCCAGUUCACUUCUCUGUGGUCCGUGACUGCUUCCCGGAACGAGACCAUAGAGCUAAAUUGCUGGCAUCGAAUGGGAUUGAAGAGAUAGUUGGUGAUCGUGCCGACAGGCUGGUACGGUUAUAUUUUGAAUAUGUGCAUCCGGCAUUCCCUAUCCUAUCUAAGGGAAGGUUCCUGAGGGAGUAUAUGCAGGAUAAAUAUAGGAUCCCUGCGUCUUUACGGGGCGCGGUGUAUGGACUUGCCAGCUCGUUCAUAGCGCAGGACGACACUCUCCGAGAGACUCAACCGAUCAACCAAGCAGCUCUCUUCGAACAUGUCCAUUCCUCACUAAACAGAGAGCUAGAGUCUCCCAAAAUCGCGACUCUCCAAGCAUGUCUGCUCGUUCUGCAUGAACAACCUGCCGAGAACGGAACGACAGAAAGUCCAAAGGUAUGGGCCUUUUCAGGACAGGCGGUUUCGUGUGCCCAUGUAUUGGGUCUACAUCGCGAUCCUACAUUCUGGGAUAUACCAGAAUGGGAAAAGCGACUUCGAAGGAAGCUCUGGUGGGCAACUUUCUAUACGGAUAGAUGGACGUCGAUAUGUCACGGCAACCCUCCACAUAUCCACAACGACUCCUUCGAUACCAGGGACAUUGAAAUUGAGGAUCUUAUGUCCGACGAAGACGUGGGUGGUCAUGCAUAUUCUAUGGUUGUGCAGGAGGGUGACCGACCCUAUGCAAUAUCGCUAGCAGUACGAUUCAUCGAGCGGAUAAAACUGACCAAAAUGUUGGAUAACGUGCUUGGAUGUUCAUUCACGCUCGCGGGGUAUAGCGAAUCGAUCAAGGGACAUAUUCCAAAGGAGCAGUCACUGCUGAGAUGCCAGGCAGCUCUGCAGAAUUGGAUGUCGUUGCUGCCGCAGUGUCUUGGCCUUUCCUUCUCUCCGCAAGGAGUAGAGCAUUGUGUCAAUGCAUCCCUCCACCUUUCAUUCUACGCGACUGAAACGCUCCUGUUUAGGGCCCUGAUGACUCCUGCAACCGUACAUUCAAAAACAACGCCCUCUUCCAGUCUCAGACGACAUUUCGAUGGUGCUCUGGCCUGUUUCCGAUCAUUCGUCCGGUUCGUCGAAACCAUCCAACAGGAUACUCUGCAGUCAUUCUGGGGUCGUCACGCUCGCAGUAACUUCAUCCUCUGCACGAACUUCCUCAUCUACUUAUUCCUUUGCGCCUUCACACCAGACCGCGUCACUGCAGCGUACGAAAUGUUAGAAACAUUCCACAGGACGAUCAAGCAUCUCUCGACGCUGACGGACGAGAGAAAUAUUGGGCUUUUGAGGCCUGCUGUGCUUCGGAUCGAUUCAUUUUUCGGGCAAGCGGUGGAGAUCAUGAGGGCGCAGGCUGAGAUUGUUUCGCCGUCGACCGGCGUGGGGGUGCUUGGAGAGCAGCGGUGGGCGGUUUGA